UGGGCUUCAAAAAAACAUUUUGAUCCAUUUCUCUAACUAAAACCCUAGUUUUGCAUAAUAUAUAUAACAGCUGCCUACUGAUGCCCGACUUGUUACCUCCAUUUGCAUCCACAACAGCUGCGGAUCCAUUGCUUCCCUGUUUCCUGUAAGCAAAAAAGAGAGAAAAUGAAGGUUGUUGCUGCUUAUUUGUUGGCUGUACUUGGAGGCAAUGCCUCUCCUUCAGCUGAUGAUCUUAAGAACAUUCUUGCCAGCGUUGGAGCUGACGCUGAAGAGGAAAGGCUCCAGCUUCUUUUAUCUGAAGUGAAGGGAAAAGAUAUAACCGAGCUUAUUGCAUCUGGGAGGGAAAAGCUUGCCUCUGUUCCCAGCGGUGGUGGUGUUGCUGUGGCGGCAUCUGCACCCGGAGCCGCCGCCGCCGCCGCUCCUGCUGCAGCUGAGACUAAGAAGGAAGAGAAAGUUGAGGAGAAAGAGGAAUCCGAUGAUGAUAUGGGAUUCAGUCUCUUCGACUAAAACCACCACGCACCGCCAGCAACCUAUCAAUGAAAUACGGAUGGUUUUUGGUUUCUACGGAGGAUUUCUUUUGAAUUUAAGGCUGCCCUAGGUUUUUAAAGGUAGUUAUCCAGUGCCAUGUAGUUCUUUCUUUUUGGAUUCAUAUAUUUGUUUUGCUGAACCCUUUUGUUGCAAUGGAAUUUUCUUCCGACUUAAUUUUAA